AGCUCUACAGGAAUGCUGUCUUAAAUGUAGCUAGCCCCCUGCAUUGAUACCGGCUAGUUUUCACCUCUAUCCCUAGGCUUAUCCCUCCGUUUAUGAUACAUAGGACUUGCCCUCCACUGAUAGGACCUGCUCCCAGUCCUCUAUCGCAGUGUCCCCUAAAACAAUUUGUAUUUGAUGUUAGAAGAUCUUCAUAUCUUCCAGCACUGUUCUCUUUGCUUCAAGGCUUAUUUAAUGUGUACUUACUUCAUGAUCAUGCAUUGGGUUGCACUUGCAGCGCUAGCGGGCAGCCCUUGUAUCGGAAAUUUGGAACUCCAACAAGGUCCUCGAACUUUAUGAUUUUCCCCUAGUGGCUUCUUUGAUGAUGAAGCCAUUGCUAAUAUUAGUUCACAGCUGCUAGAGCGAUAUCUUCACUCCGAGAGCGAUUUUCAUCAGUUCGAAAUUUCAAUAAGAACAUGGGGCCACGACGACCUAGUCGAAGCGGCGGUGGAAGAGACGCUUCAUCUGCACACUCAUCUUCGGCUGCUCCACCCUCAGCUCUAUCCUCCUUCGUGAGUGGCGUUGCCGAUAGCUCUAGGGGAUUUGCACGCCACGGCUUCGGGUUCAGCAAGACCCCGGAUUGGAGCACCUACCAUAGUACUACAUUCACGACCAGGGUGCCGCAUCCGACAUGCCCCUAUCAGAAUAGUUCACUCUUGUGGUGGUCGAAGAACACACCACCUCGUUUGAUUCAUCAUCUAAGCAGGAAUAUGCUGUCCGUGGUGUCCUCAUCCUCUUCGUCAUCAUCGCUCGACCACGAAAUUCCAGGCGUGUACAACGAAGAUGUCUUGUUGUACCUCGUUGAGGCUGGCGGUCUGGGCACUGGAGACGCGCCGUACGUAAGGAAGUUCAUCAACAUUAAGGCCCUACUUAAAUAUGAGUAUACUUAUGAGUAUUUAGACAUAAAGAAAAAGCCGUAGCGCCGGUAUCUCCCUGUCAAUGAAAAUAAUUUUGAUUUAGGUGUUUUUUAGUAUGUAGUACAUCAAGUCUGAAUUGCGGUCACGACGACCUCUAAGAACACAAUAGUGAAGCAGUCUUUCGUGACGUCGAGGUCGGGAAAUAAGCCCCUGGCGGUUUAUUGCGUCGCGGUGCAUAAACCGGGAGUUACUCCGAAAAACCGCACAAAGAACGGAAAAAGCGUGCCGUUUUCUGAUCCCAUGUACCUCCACGACAUCUGCUCGUUUCUACGAGCACGAUUCACUCCUAUCCGUCGUGGUGCGGAAGAGCGACCACUCAGAGAUGUUGAAGCUCACGUCGACGAGGAUCACCUUCAUCAUCGACACGACACUGCAACUGAUGCUGAUACCUCAGGCUCAACCUCCUCCAUACAACAGCUAGCAAAAGAGAGACCACGAGUGACAAGAAUGCCGCGUCUCUUUAUUGUCCCUGUCGGUUUUUCGAUUGGGGGAUUGUGUAUUUGCAAAGCCGUGCUCAUGUUAAGGCUAGAAGAAAUCCAUCUUCACAGGCAUCCACCUGAGACCGUUUUCAAGGGGAGAAAGGUCCUCGGAUGCGUCUCAAGAUGGAUAUCUCUUAGUUCUAAUCAUGGCAAGCGGAGUUCCCAAUGGCGAGCUGGAUGCGCCUACGACUGUUUCCGACGCACCUCAUAAGGAAGAUUACACAACUAAUGACGGUCGUACAACUAAUACAAUGACAUCAAUGACCAUGACAAGUGCUGCUGCAGCUGGCAUUUCGUCGGAAGGUGACACAGACGGAGGGAACAAGUUACCACGAUCAGUAGACAACCAGGAACAUGAGCAUGAUCAGGUGAACAAGUUGAAAAGUCCAUGGAACUGCGUGGUGUGUCUCGAUUUCCCUAUCGACCUGAUGGGGUUGGUGCACUACUACUCGCAGAAGUCCUUGUAUCGAUUAGACUGGCUUUUUGCCUGGACCUAUUUUGCUGUUGCGCGGGAAGGAAGGCAAAUGUUUCCACCUUCCUUCCUCGGACCAGCGAGAGGCGCGCCGCCUUCUUCUCGUGAAGCACAGGUUGACCACGAGCUUCUCGAAGAUCGUGUGCGAGAAGAGGAUCAAGAAGAUGGUGAUGGCCUACCUACAUCAAGUAGUGCAAGUACAACUACUUCUACGUCUACCUUGAGUAGAGCUGCUGCACCAGAUGAACAAGAAUCUUCUGAUCAUGGUGCACAAAAACCUUCAAGAAGGGAACAACGAGGACGAGGAGAAUAUCUUAAAAAUAACUACUACAAGCACCAAGGAGAUUCACAUAGACCCAUUAAGAAGAAGACUCCAACGUCAACUUCGACACAGCGAUCAGCAAGUUUUCACCCUCGUCUAUCGAAGUGGAGACUCGUGUCCAAGCGCAGGAGUCGAGCUGUCGUCGCAGCGUUAGCAAAGAACCGACCUGGAGGUUACAUAUACAUGCUGGACCAGGGUCGGGCUCACGCAGGCGGUCUUUCUCGGGAAGACUUCGCUCAUUCUAUGCGCGUCGUAGAUACUGAAAAACAUAAACCACCCUGUGUGUUGCUUUUCAACAAGAACAGUAGUAGUAACACGAAUUAUGCGACUUCGGGAUCACCUCCUUCAUCUUCCACACUUCGGGAAUUAUCGACUAACGCGACUCCUACGAACGAACAAGUCGCGAACGAUGACGUACGAUCGAACCGUCCUACUGUGCCAAGAGACAUGCUGAUUAUUUACAACGACAACGACCCGAUUGUCCCCCUGCCGCACCAGUUGAGCUCCUUUGUAGAGAAGGGGGAAGCAAGUCAAGGGCAACAGCAACAUGUGGAAGGAAAGGAAAGCAAAAAUCAUGAUCAUGAUCAUGCUAGAAGUGGAACUACAGCCGGAGUCAAGCACAUCGCUAGCAACGUAUGGCAGCUACCGCGGGGCGGUCAUUGUGGCGCUGUGUUUUUUUACCCAGAUUUACCAGCUCGUAUUCAUCAGUGGGUUCUACAAGCAUUGUGGAGGAGUACUACGGACGACAAUGAGGCGCCCAUGAGAACAAGGGUGUUUUUACCGUCAAAAUUGUAGACUGAUAGAAUUAGAAAUAGUAAGUAUCUUUUAUCUUAUAUAUUUAUAUACGUACAUAAUUACAGCUACAGGUAUUACACUUGUUUGAAGAUUUUUUUGAAGUUGAAGUUUCCGUUUCUAGGGCUGCAUCUGGUCAUUGACCACGUACCCAUGUUGAUAUUUCUUUGUUGAGGAGCAGACAGAGUGCGCAUCUCUUGCAUCAUUGAUACUAGCAUGUAUAGAUAAUCCUAAUUGUAAUUGUUUGUUCGUGGGCGAUGUGGUACGCCGCUUAAGUGUAUGAAAGGAAACCAACUUGAGGUCUUUUUGCAAAAAAUACUGGCUGAGUCCUCUGAGGCUCAAAUAUUCAAUCGUCCUGGAAAAGAAUCAUAACCUUUUCAUGACUGCUUGCAGUCUCGGAAGUCAAUGAUUUCUAGUUGUUAUAAAAAAAUUUUCAGCUCUAUGAUAAUUUUUGUGAUCGUGUUAGAAAAAGCUUUUUUACAACUUGUUGUCACCAUUAUUUCUUCGGCGACUUUGGUGAUGUUGAUCGCGAUUGAAAUCGCAUGUAUGAAUGCUAGAAAUAAGGAUUUUCUUUGUCGAUAUAUGAUAGAACUUUCAAUUCUACCAUGUGCACAGUUGUAAAUCCCCAUCCCGACAUUAGUAGAGGACCCUUGCUGCAAGGCUUCGUUCUGUACAACUUUCCAUUACGGUAAUUGAGUAGCGUCCUUCUCGUUGAGCAGGUUGGAGUACUCGUAGCUACAAACCUUCUGCGCAGGUUGGAGUACUCGUAGCUACUAAUGUUCUUGCUGGAAUUGUACCCGAAAAAUCUGAAGUGGUAUUGUGAAAUUGUCAAUGAGGUAAUUUUUAGGAGACAUGAUAUGGGCUGUCUAGAU